AUGAGCGCCGGCGCCGUGAGCCCGCGCCUGUGCCCCGAGCAGAGCGCCGCGGGAGACCAGGGCAGCGCGCGGCGGGGGGCCACGGCCGAGGAUGCGUUCAAGGACAUUUCCGUGUACUUCUCCAAGCAAGUGUGGGCGGAGAUGGGAGACUGGGAGAAGAGCCGGUACCGGAACGUGAAACGGAACUACGAAGCGCUGCUUACCAUCGGGCUCAGGGCGCCUCGGCCGGCCUUCAUGUGCCACCGCAGGCGGGCCAGCAGACGCCGGGACGAGGACGCCGAGGACUCGGAUGAGGAGUGGACGCCAAGGCAGCAAGUCAAACCUUCUUGGGUGGCCUUCAGAGUGGAACAGAGUAAACAACAGAAGGGAAUGCGCACGGCACCAUUAAGUAAUGAAUCCAGAUUGAAGGAAUUGUCAGGAACAGCAAAAUUGCUGAAGACAAGUAGCUCUGAACAGGUCCAGAAACCAGUGUCUCCUCUUGGAGAAGCAAGUUCCUCUCAACAGCACUCUAGACGAAAAUUGGAACUCAGGAGAAAGGAGGUUGGAGUGAAGAUGUACAGCCUACGAGAAAGAAAGGGCCAUGCAUACCAAGAGGUCAGCGAGCCACAGGAUGACGACUACCUCUAUUGUGAGAAUUGUCAGAAUUUCUUCAUUGACAGCUGUGCUGCUCAUGGGCCCCCUAUAUUUGUAAAGGACAGUGCAGUGGACAAGGGGCAUCCCAACCGCUCAGCCCUCACUCUGCCCCCUGGGCUAAGAAUCAGACCAUCGGGUAUCCCUGAGGCUGGGCUUGGCGUAUGGAACGAGGCGUCUGAUCUGCCAUUGGGUCUGCACUUUGGCCCCUAUGAGGGCCAGAUCACAGAAGAUGAAGAGGCAGCCAACAGCGGAUACUCCUGGCUGAUCACCAAAGGGAGAAACUGCUACGAGUAUGUGGAUGGAAAGGAUAUAUCUUGGGCCAACUGGAUGAGGUAUGUGAACUGUGCCCGGGAUGAUGAGGAGCAGAACCUGGUAGCCUUUCAAUAUCACAGGCAGAUCUUCUACCGAACCUGCCGGGUUGUCAGGCCGGGCUGUGAACUGCUGGUCUGGUACGGGGACGAGUACGGCCAGGAGCUGGGCAUCAAGUGGGGCAGCAAGUGGAAGAGAGAGCUCACGCAGAACCAAAGCUAGAGAUCCAUCCAUGUCCCUCCUGCUCUCUGGCCUUCUCCAGUCAGAAAUUCCUCAGCCAACAUGUGGAACGCAAUCACCCCUCUCAGAUCCUCCCAGGAACAUCUGCAAGAAAUCACCUCCAACCAGAGGAUCCCAGCCCAGGUGACCAGAAUCAGCAGCAGCAACACUCUGAUCCACACAGCUGGAAAGACAAAGCUCACAGUCAAGAGGUCAAAGAAAGGUCCAAACCUUUGCUUAAAAAGAUAA